AUGGCUAAACAACCCACAAUUAGAAUCUUCUUAAGUAUUGAUCUUCAGUUUCAAUGGCCUAUCAAACAGCUUGAUAUUUCAACUGCAUUUCUUCAUGGCAUUCUUCAGGAAGAAGUCUAUAUGUUGCAGCCUCUAGGAUUUGUACAAUCUUCUACUCAUGGGUUCACAAAUAGUCUUUCCGAUACUUCUCUUUUUAUCAGAAAAACUUCUACUAGUCUCAUCAUUCUCUUGGUAGAUGUUAAUGACAUCUUACUAACUAGUAAUGAUUCUACUCUAAUUGCUCAACUUCUUCAGCAAAUGCACAAGGUUUUUUCUAAGAAAGAGCUUGGUUCUCUGUCAUAUUUUCUAGGAAUUUCAGUUCAUUCUCAUAAGCAUGGUUACUUUUUAUCUCAAGCCAAGUAUGCAGCUGCCUUAUUGCACAAACCCCCUCUGUAUAGAAGUUUAGUAGGUGGUCUGCAAUAUUUGACUAUCACCAGACCUGAUCUCUCCUAUGUUGUUAAUCAAGCUUGUCAGUUUAUGCAUCUUUCCACUAAUGCUCAUUUUCAAGCCGUUAAGAGGCUUCUUCGAUAUGUGAAAGGGACUUUGUCUCAUGGUCUCUCUUUCACACCUAGUCCUUUUGAUCUUUCUGCUUUUUUAGACUCUAAUUGGGCCAGUGAUAGUUUUGAUAAAAAAUCCACCUCUGGUUAUUAUGUAUAUCUUGGCUCAAACUUGAUUUCUUGGUCAGCUAAAAAGCAAGCAACUGUCUCUUGGUCAUCCUCUGAAGCUGAUUUAUCUGCUAUGGCUUUAGCAUCCAACCUUGUUUUUCAUUCUCGAUCAAAACAUAUCGAAAUCGAUUGUCAUUGUAUUCGAGAAAAAGUGGUUGCCAAACAGAUUGAACUUAAAUAUAUUCCUACCAUUGAUCAGGUGAUUGAUAUUUUCACUAAACCUUUUUGUCUUUCUAGAUUUCAUUAUCUUCGCGACAAACUGUUAGUGCUUCCUUGCCCUAUCAACUUGAGGGAGGCUGAAGAAGUUAUCUCAUCAUCACCAUCUCACAGCACACAACUUUCAUCAUCAUCAUCAUCAUCUCACAGCAAACCUGAGUUGCUGCCUUUGUUUGUUAUAACUUCUGCAUCAUAG